GGAGCCCUGAGUUGCUCUUUAGCAAUUUGGCUUCGCUCCUCCUUUUCUCCUCCGAAUCAAGCUAGUCUGAGAUUGCAGGGUUUCCGAAGUGGUGGCCGAAGCCGGGACAAGUUGGGGGAGGGGGCGGGAAGGAAAGUGGCCGAACAGUUGCUUUGGGGAGCUCUGCCCUGGCCCCUCUCUCGGGGGUGUCUGUCACUGCAGCCUGGGGGCGAGGUUGCACCUGGGUGGCCGGCUGGGCUGGAGGAGAACAGUGCCGUGCUUUGUACGGGUUUUCCUGCUCAAAGUUCCUGUUUUCUCCGGGCUGCAAGUCUUAUGAUCCAUUGUGUCAUCGUGCUCAACUGGCAGGGGCGAGAGGAAGGAAAAUCCCUGCGAGCCAAAUUUGGCACUGCCCAGGGGAGAAAUGCCAUCCCCGGCGGGCUGCGGCGCCUGCUAAGCGCCCCGCGGCCGGGGGCGGCCGGGAUGCGGACUCGCCCCUCGGCGCUCAGCUGAACCCUGACAAUGACGAGUGGCCUCGCACCAUGGCCAAUGGGAGCGGGACGGUCAUGCUGAAAUGCGUGGUGGUGGGGGACGGGGCCGUGGGGAAAACGUGCCUGCUGAUGAGCUAUGCCAACGACGCGUUCCCAGAGGAGUAUGUGCCCACCGUCUUUGACCACUAUGCAGUCACUGUUACAGUUGGGGGGAAGCAGUAUCUGCUGGGGCUGUAUGACACUGCAGGACAGGAAGACUACGAUCGUCUGAGACCUUUAUCUUAUCCUAUGACAGAUGUCUUCCUUAUCUGCUUCUCAGUGGUAAAUCCAGCCUCAUUUCAAAAUGUGAAGGAGGAGUGGGUACCAGAGCUAAAGGAAUAUGCACCUAAUGUACCCUUUUUAUUAGUAGGAACCCAGAUUGAUCUUCGUGAUGAUCCAAAAACUUUAGCAAGACUGAAUGAUCUGAAGGAGAAGCCUGUAUCUAUGGAGCAGGGACAGAAGUUAGCAAAAGAGAUAGGAGCCUGCUGCUAUGUGGAGUGUUCAGCUUUAACACAGAAAGGACUGAAGACUGUUUUUGAUGAAGCUAUAAUAGCCAUUUUAACUCCAAAGAAACACACAGUGAAAAAAAGAAUAGGAUCAAGAUGCAUAAACUGCUGUUUGAUCACGUGAGAUACAUUUGACAAUGGCCAGGCCUGCUGUGAAUUUCUAUCAAACGUAAAUGAUACAGUUCAUAAGUACACAGAACUUGUGUUAGAUCAUAGAAGUUUGUAAGCUAAAC